AUUAAAUUUUAAAAUCUGUGGCUUACAUGGUUGAAUGACUUUGAGUUUUUUUGAUUAGCGUAAGUACAAAUGGGCCAGAACACAACUGUUAUAUGUUCACAGUAUAUACUAUAAAAUAAUAUAGCUGAUGGCUUAAUUAAAAAUUAACAGUUUUGUCCAUUGACUUUCUUUAAUGUUCAGUAAUGAUUUGUCUUCAUCUCAAAGGGUAAGCAGAUUGAAAUCCCAUUUUGUUCCUCAUCUAGAGGAUCACUCCACGUUAGAGAAACAACAUCCCAAAUUUGAACUUAUUAGUUCAUACUGCAGACUGCUGUGUCAAGAGGCCAGACUCACCACAUUAGAGGAAUGUGGUCUUUUAAGUGAUGUAAGUUAUCAGUAUACUGCCUCAGCUGACCCCUUUGGGAUCCAGUGACAGUUCUAGGAGAUUGUUUGUAAGGAUUUGGAUGCAGUUUUUAUUUUGAACAUAAGAAGUGUGUGGUAUAUGUAGCAUGGCUUACAAAAUAAACGAUUGUUCAAAUUAAAGGUGCAGGAGAGUAUAUGAUGCCCCACAGAGGUCACCUUUCCAUUCACAAAGCUAGGCACUACAUUGAAAUGAUGGAUUAGUUCAGUUAGGCAAAAUUUUGCUUACUCAUUUUGCCCAAAUUAGCACAUUUUCUGUCCCCAGUGACCUGGAUAAUUACUUCAUUUCACUGCUGUCCUCUGUUUAUGGAGGCCUGGCCUUAGCCAGCAAUUAACAUGACCUGAUUGCAAUUUGUCAGUCCAAAUCAAUUUAGUGAAUCAAUGUAUAGAACUCCUAGCAUAUGUUAAACAGUCUACAGCCUUUUAAUAUCCACAGGUUAGCAAAUCAUUGUUUUGUGUCUCCUAGGAAUUUGCAGACUAAACUUAGAGGAAGAGACAAAUGCAUCCUACCGCUUCAGUCCAGUAGUUGUGCUAAAUUAUUAUUGGGGGACAACUAUUCUGUUGGAAAGCACACAAGACAACAGUGUUCAAAGUCAAGGCAGCUUGACUUGGAAUAAGUGUCAGCAGAAGUAAAGAGGGCUCAAAAGGUGCUUCUACAGUUCAACAUUUAUUGUUCACAUUUGAGACUGUAAGUGUGGGGUAGGUUAGACUUUGAAGCUCUUUGCUAUACAGACAAAAAUAGUUUAAGAAGAAAAUUAAGUUACUGGUGAAUUAUAGAUGGGGAAAGGAGAAUCCGUUGGUUUUAAAUUUCUUAGCUAUUGCUAAGGUAAGCUGGCUUUCUUUCUAACAGAGGAAGUCACUAUGAACUCUUGACCAAAGGUGCAAGGAAAUUGGAUCUUUUAAACACAUUUUUUUAAAGGUUCCUCUUGAACUUUAGCAAUGGAGCACCAAUUUAAAACAAACAGACUGUGCUUACAGCAGCAAAUGGGUGCCCACUAGUGCCCUAAGGCCUUUGCUUUCAUUAAAGAAUGUUCAGUCUGAGAUUUCUAGCAACACAGAGAAGCUCCCAUAUAAUGCCUGCUAGGGAAACAUUGGAUUUUGGAAAACUUGAAAUAGGACGGUAGGACACCCUUCCAGAAAACCAAUUUCAACAAAAGUUGUUGAUAAAGUCACUUCAGCUUUUACUAGAGGAGCAAAGUUAUCCUGGAGGUGUUUUUAGUCUAUAAACAGGAGCAAAGUUUGAAGUUUGGUGGCUCAAUGGAUAAGACAAAUAGACCAUCUACGAAAUUAUCUUACAUCAGCGACCAUGCCUGCAGCAAGAGUUCCUUUGGAUUAUCUUCUAACCUAUUUCAGUUUAGUAAUUGUAGGCUAGUAUUUUAAAGCUAAAACGAAAUGUUGACUAGUGAUUCCCAGAGUUUUCCUUGAGUGUGUUGUGCACAAAUGUUUGAUCCAGGUUUUCACUCAUUCAUUGCAUUAUAAAUAAAGUUUCAGAAGGUUUGAGCAUAGUCAAAGAUGUUUUCCUUAGACUACAGAUCUGAGUAAGGCAAGCUUCUCAGAUUCCAGACCUUGUUAGUUCAUGAUUAGAGUAAUAUCAUAGGAGGAUUAAUCAGAAAUGUUUGCAUAGGCAGAAGAUCUGAAAAAAAAAAAACCUGAAAGCAAAUAUAUUACACAAAAUGAAAAGAAAAGAAAAACAAAACAACCAACAACUGUAGUCUAGGAUUAAAAUAAUUAGGUCUUAUACUGAUAUGAUGUUGGUAGAAGUGAAAGUUUAAGAAAGCACAUGAAUGGCAGCCUACAACUGUCUGUAACUCCAAGAUCUGACACACACACACACACACACACACACACACACACACACACAACACAUAUAUAUAUGCAUGCAGGCAAAACACCAAUGAACAUAAAUUAAAGGUAAAUAAAUUUCUAAGAAAGAAAAAGAAAGAAAGAAAGAAAAAGAAAGAAAGAAAGAAAGAAAAAGAAAGAAAGAAAGAAAAAGAAAGAAAGAAAGCACAUGAGGAAAACAUGAAGGAAGAUUAACCAAGGCUGGAAAUAAUUAAACAUAAGAACAGUAAGCUUCUGGGAUGAAGUGGAAUGCCAACCAUGUAAAUAGACAAGAGGAGAAGUUAAAGAUCAUUUGAUGGGAAGAGUGAGAGAAUGGAGAGUGACUUAAAGACCAACUGGAACAAACCUCCAUAAGAAGAUGAGUUUUUGAUCUUAGCCCUUCUGAUAGGUCUUGUAGAAAUUUGCCUGAUGCAUCCUCUCGAUGUGGUGAAAACCAGGUUGCAGGUUCAGAGAAGUGUAACGGACCCGCAAAGCUACAAAAGCGUGGGAGACUGCUUUCGGACGGUCUUCCGAACAGAGGGGUUUCUUGGCUUUUACAAGGGAAUUGUCCCACCCAUUCUGGCUGAAACACCAAAAAGAGCAGUCAAGUUUUCCACCUUUGAGCAGUACAAGAAAUUGCUGGAGUAUAUGUCACUAUCACCAGGGCUGACAUUUGCCGUCGCUGGAUUUGGAUCUGGACUAACAGAAGCCAUCGUGGUUAACCCUUUUGAGGUGGUAAAAGUUGGUUUGCAGGUCAAUAGGAACACGUUCACAGAGCACCCAUCUACUUUUGCUUAUGCAAGACAAAUCAUUAAAAAGGAAGGCUUGGGGCUCCGGGGCCUCAACAAAGGAUUUACGGCAACUCUGGGACGCCAUGGAAUUUUCAACUUGGUUUAUUUUGGCUUCUACCACAAUGUCAAAAACAUUAUUCCAGCCAGUAAGGAUCCAACCUUGGAGGUUUUGAGAAAAUUCGGGAUUGGUUUUGUCUCAGGAACAAUGGGCUCAGUCUUCAACAUCCCCUUUGAUGUUGCCAAGAGUAGGAUCCAAGGGCCUCAGCCAGUUCCUGGAGAGAUCAAGUACAGAAGCUGCCUCAAAACAAUCUUGACAGUCUACCGGGAAGAAGGGAUUUUAGCCUUAUACAAAGGUCUACUACCCAAGGUGAUGAGACUUGGACCAGGUGGUGCGGUGAUGCUGCUGGUGUACGAACAUGUCUACUCAUGGCUGCAGGAGAAGUGGUGAGAGGCAGAAGAGUCUUCCCCACGGCCCAACCAAGAGAAGACAGUGGGCCAAGCUAGACGUACCGGGAAGAGGGGAAGAUGGCCCGCCCGAGAGCAAAGCCUAUUCUGGUGUUUUAUAAAUCUGUAGGCAAAGUGACAUGGCAGUUUGGGCCAUGCACAUCACACUGUGAGAAGCAAACUAACAUGAAGCAGUGGAGUUUAAGUUAGGUAGAGAGAGGGUAGAGCUCAGAGACAGUUCAUGAAAGCUGUGCGAACUCCCUGACUCACACUGCCUCGACAUGAAGACGCAUUUAAUAAUUUUUUUUUUCUGAGAAGUCUAUAAAUACUUAAAUUCUUGAAAAUAAAUUGUCCUGUGCUACUUCCCUGAGAAUUUUUUCAAAGAAAUACUGAGGAAUGAGCCAGAAUUUAAGCACUUUUUAAAUAAGGAAUUACUUUUCCAUAAAUCAUAUUGUAAAAGAUAAGAAAAAAUUUAAACACACCAAAACAGCUUUUAGAGAAUGUUUAAUUUUGUGAGUGCUGAGUUAAAUUAUGAGUCUAUUGGUUUUCUCUAUUAAUAAUACACCGUUGGGCUCUGCUCUCCUAAAUCUAUUUUAUAUUUCACAUGGUGAUGUAAGUGGGUAAUUUUAAAUCACGCUACUUGAAGUGUUUUAUUAAAAAUAGAAUACAUGAUAUUAUAUUCAAUUGCUUUCUUUUUCAAAGUUCAUUUUGAAAACAAGUUUUAUUACUGAAAUAUUUUUUUUAUGUUAGGUCACAAAUUGAAUGAAUUCUUCAGGCCCUUCUCUGUUGCCUGUAUUUGCCUUGAAAAACCUUGUUUCUGAGCCUUUACCUACGCCAUUCUUUAAAAAGAUGUAGGAGAUAAAGCUGUUUCUACAGAGUCUUAGGUUUAAGUGACAUAUUUAAGUACAAAAUCAACAGUUUAGAAUAUUAAAAAUGUCUACACUAAGAGGGAAAUGUUUCUAAAUGAAAAUUCAUUCUUCAGCAUUUUCAAGUAAUCUUUAAAAAAAAAAGAUAGCUUUUUGGUCUUGAUACAAUGAAAGCUUAUUUUUAUGACUGUCCCCAGAAACAGAACUACUUUAAAAAUGUUUAAAUGACACCUGUUCUUAACUGCUACUGUCAGCUAUUUCUACUAUGAGGAAACCUCACCAAAACAUUUUGAAAAUAAACAGUAAAGAUGACAUGAUAAUUAUUUGUAUUUAUUAACUUAGAGCAUUUGAAGUAUAAAAAUAAAAGGCUUUUGACACAAUGUA